CUUGUAUGCCAGUUGCCGAAGUUCUAAGCUCAUCAACCAAUGGCGAUUACCGAUUUAACAAAAAACCAAGCAUCAAGAGUGGAAGAAGAAGAAGAAGAAGAAGAAUUAUUAAGCUUAGAGUGCAGAGAGCUCCUUGUUUCCCUCCCCAAAGAGAGAGGUUGGCGAACUCAGUAUCUGUAUCAGUUCCAGGGCUUCUGGUGUCAGGCUAAAGAGAUCCAAUCCAUUCUCUCGUUCCAGAAACACUUCAAAGCCAAAGACACCGACGUGGUGCUGGCCACCAUACCUAAAUCCGGCACCACCUGGUUGAAGGCCUUGGCCUUUGCCGUCCUCAAUCGCAAAUGUUACCCGCCUUUUGAUCAUGAUAAAAACCAUCCCUUACUUCAUUCCAAUUCCCAUGACCUCGUACCCUUUUUCGAGUACAGACUUUACUCUGACAAUAAGAUUCCGAAUCUAUCAGAUUUUCAUGAUCCUAGACUUUUUGCUACUCAUAUCCCCUUUUCAUCACUUCCAGAAUCAAUCAAGAUCUCAAAAUGUCGGAUUGUUUAUAUUUGUCGGAGCCCCCUCGACACUUUCGUCUCUUCUUGGCAUUUUAUCAACAAGGUAAAACCAGAAUCGCAAGCUCAGCUAUCUCUGGAGGAAGC